AUGGAUGCUUUGAGGAAGCAAGCCAGCAAACUCAGAGAACAAGUCGCCAAACAACAACAGGCUGUAAUCAAACAAUUCAGUGCUAGCGGCUAUGAAAGCUCAGAGGUUAUGGUUAUUGAUGAGAUUGAGAUGCAAACGCAUCACCAAUUGGAGAAUUUGUACCGGUCUACUCGCUCUGGAAGGGAUUUUCAGAAAGAACUUGUCAAAGCAGCUGAAGCAUUCAGUGCUGUAGGGUAUAAACAUAUAGAAGCCGGAACAAAGUUAUCAGAAGAUUGUUCCCAAUAUGGAGUUGAGAAUGCCCAAGAUCAGAUUCUAGCUAAGGCUGCAUCCAUAUACGGUGAUGCACGUAAGCAUGUGGAGAAGGAACAAGAAGACCUGAAUAGACUGUUGUUUAACCAGGUGUUAGAACCCCUGAGGGCGAUGAUAGGUGGUUCUCCUCUCGAAGAUGCUCGUCAUCUUGCUCAACGUUACAGCAAAAUGAGACAAGAUGCAGAGGCACAGGCAGCCGAAGUUUCUAGAAGACAAGCACGGGUAAGGGAAUCUCCUAUACCAGAAAAUGUAGCAAGGCUGCAUGCAGCAGAAUCUAGAAUGCACGAAUUGAAAGCAAACAUGGCAGUACUUGGUAAAGAAGCAGCAGCUGCAUUGGCUGCUGUGGAAUCACAGCAGCAGAGGCUCACAUUUCAGAGACUUGUUGCCAUGGUUGAAGGUGAGAGGAUAUAUCAUGAGAGAGUAGCUACGAUUCUUGGUAAUAUUGAAGCUGAGAUUGUCUCAGAGAAACAACGGAAAGAGGCUGCUCCUCCCGUAACUCCUCUCAAUCACUCUUCAGAGAAAACGAAGUACUUUCUUGCUGAGGCAACACAUCCUUUUGACGCUGCAUCGGAGAAGGAACUGAGCUUGGCAUUGGGAGAUUAUGUUGUUGUUCGGAAGGUAAGUCCGUCAGGAUGGUCAGAAGGAGAAUGCAAAGGCCGAGCAGGUUGGUUCCCUACUGCAUAUGUAGAGAAACGCCAAAGAAUCCCCACAAAUUAUACUGCUGCUGAAGUCUAUUGA